CAAGCGACCCGCUGACAAUUUGCCGCCAUUUGUGAUUUAGGAUAUCAAGAUUUCCUUUUGUUUUCCAAUUAUCAAAAUAAUUGAUGAGAAACAUCAUUAAACAUCCACCAUGUAUAUCAAACAGAUGAUUAUUCAAGGGUUUCGAAGUUACAGAGAUCAGACGAUUAUAGAACCCUUCAGCUCCAAGCACAAUGUCAUCGUUGGUAGAAAUGGAUCUGGAAAGAGUAAUUUCUUCUAUGCUAUUCAGUUUGUAUUGUCAGAUGAAUUCAGUCACAUGAGACCCGAACAACGUCAAGCUUUACUUCAUGAAGGAACUGGACCAAGAGUUAUAUCAGCUUUUGUUGAAAUAAUAUUUGACAAUUCUGAUAACCGAAUACCAAUUGAUAAAGAUGAAGUUGUCCUAAGAAGAGUCAUUGGUUCAAAGAAGGAUCAAUAUUUUUUGGAUAAAAAAAUGGUCACUAAAACUGAUGUCAUGAAUUUACUAGAAAGUGCUGGUUUCUCUAGAAGUAAUCCAUACUACAUUGUAAAACAGGGAAAAAUUAAUCAAAUGGCUACAGCCCCAGAUUCACAAAGAUUGAAGUUAUUAAGGGAAGUAGCUGGGACAAAAGUUUAUGAUGAAAGGAAAGAGGAAAGUAAAUCAAUUCUAGUAGAAACAGAGGGUAAGAGAGAAAAGAUUAAUGAUUUAUUAAAGUAUAUUGAAGAAAGACUUGAUACAUUAGAAGGUGAAAAAGAAGAAUUAAAAGAAUAUCAGAAGUGGGAUAGAAUGAGAAGGUCACUUGAUUAUACUAUACAUGAUAAUGAAUUACGAGACACCAGACGAAAGUUAGAAGAGCUUCAAGAAAAACGUGACAACAGUGGAGCAACUACAACUAAAUUAAGAGAUUCCCAACAAGAAGCCAAUGAUAAAGUCAAGAGUAUCAACAAAGAUUUAAAAGAAUUAAAGGCUAGAAUGCAGGCUAUGUUAGAAGAAAAAGAUGGUUUGAGUGGAGAGAAUCAAGAUUUAACAAAACGUAAAGCGAAACUAGAAUUAAAUAUGAAGGAUAUACAAGAUGAAAUGGAAGGAAAUCAAAAUACCAGGAAAAAAGCCGAAUUAGAACUUCAGAAAGUUAAUGAUAAAAUAAAUAAAACUCAGGAACAGUUAGAAGCUAUUGUACCUCUAUAUGAAAGUCAGAGAGAUAAAGAAGAAAGUGCUGCACAACAAUUAGGAUUAGCUGAACAGAGACGUAAAGAAUUAUAUGCUAAACAAGGUCGAGGAAAUCAGUUUCAAUCUACUAAUGAUCGGGAUAACUGGAUUAAAAAAGAAUUAAAAUCCUUGAAUAAAGCUAUUAAAGAUAAAGAAGAACAGAUCAACAGAUUAACGGAAGAUACAACAAGUUCAGAACAGAAAGUAGAAAUGUUAAAUACACAAAUAGCUGAUAUUACAGACAAAAUAGAACAACACAAAACCAUAAUAGAUCAAAAUAAUAAAAACUUUAAUGAAAUGAAAACACAGAAAGACUCAUUACAGAAUGAACGAAGUUCUUUAUGGCGUCAAGAAAAUGCUCUUCAACAGACCUUACAAGCAACACGCGAAGAAUUGAGUAAAAAGGAACAAGGGUUACGAUCCCUUACAGGAAAGUCUUUAUUAAAUGGUAUUGACAGUGUAAAUAAAGUUCUACAAGAAUUAAAAGAACAAGGUAGAAUGGAUGUUGUCAAUGGUUACCAUGGUAUUCUUAUAGAAACAUUUGAUUGUGAAAAAACCUUUUUUACCUGUGUUGAAGUAACAGCAGGAACCAGAUUAUUUCAUCAUGUAGUUGAUACUGAUAAAACUGGUACAAAGAUUCUACAAGAGAUGAACAGAAUGAAAUUACCAGGAGAAGUUACCUUUAUGCCUCUAAACAGACUUGAUGCUCGUGAUACAACAUAUCCUCAAUCAGCUGAUGCCAUACCUAUGAUAAAAAAAUUAACUUAUUCUGAUACCUAUAGUGCUGCCAUUAAACAUGUGUUUGGUAAAACAUUGAUAUGUAGAAGUAUGGAAGUAGCUACACAGAUAGCUCGAACACAAAACUUAGAUUGUAUUACAUUAGAUGGUGACCAAGUUAGCAGACGAGGUGCGUUAACAGGUGGUUUCUACGAUACACGAAGAUCUCGUUUAGAUUUACAGAAGGGUAAAAUAGAACUGACAGGCGAGUUAACCAAACAGGAAGCUGAAUAUCAGGAACAUAGAACCAAAUUAGAAGAACUUGAAGGGCAAAUAAAUAAUUUAGUCAGUGAAAUGCAAAAAUUAGAAACAAAAAAUAGUAAAAACAGGGUUAUUUAUGAUAAAAUGCAAGCUGAUUUAAGACUUGCAAAUGAAGAAUUAAAAGAAAUUUCAAAAAUUCAACCUGGAAAGGGUAAGAGUAUAGUAAGUUUACAGAGUAGUUUAGAAGCUAUGAAAGGAUCAGCUAUAUCAUUAAAAGAAGAAUUAGGAACUGAUUUAAUGUCUCAACUUAGUGUUGAUGAUCAGAGAGAAGUGGAUUAUCUUAAUGAUCAAAUUAAACAACUGAAUAUACAGAAUAAAAAUGCAUGGCAAGAACGGAUCAGAUUGGAGGGGGAUAAAAAUAAAUUAGAGAAUUUAUUAAAUAAUAAUUUAAUGAAAAAGAGAGAUAGAAUAAUGACUGAUCUACAAGAAGUAUCUGUUGAAGAUAGAACACAGAGAUUAGAUACGUACAAUGCUGAGAUGCAAACAGUAGAUGCAAGAGUUGCAGAAUUAAAAAAACAAUCGAAAGAUAUUGAUGAACAAGUAGAUAAAUUAAAUAAAGAACAAAGAGAAUUACAGAAUAAUAUGGAAUAUUGGAAGGGACAAGAAAGAGAAGCACAAGAAAAAUUGAAUGAUGAUGCAAAAGAUUUAGAAAAGAUGACCAACAAACAGAGUUUAUUAAUUAAAAAGAAAGAUGAUUGUAUGAGAAAGAUUAGAGAACUUGGUUCACUACCAAGUGAUGCAUUUGAAAAAUAUCAAGAUCUGUCCGUAAAAGCAUUAUUUAAACAAUUAGAGAAAUGUAACCAUGAAUUAAAGAAAUACAGUCAUGUCAAUAAAAAAGCUUUGGAUCAGUUUGUUAAUUUCUCAGAUCAGAAAGAAAAGUUAAUGAAACGAAAAGAAGAAAUAGAUCGAGCUCAUGAGUCUAUCCUAGAUUUAAUGAGUGCAUUAGAUCAGCGAAAAUACGAAGCUAUUCAAUUAACAUUUAAACAGGUGUCAAAGUAUUUCACAGAAAUCUUUAAAAAGUUAGUCCCACAAGGUCAUGCUGUAUUAGUUAUUAAAAAGGGAGAAAGAGAUAUGGAUGAUGCUGAUGAAGGUGGUUCGUCACAAGAUAUACCUCUAGUUGAACAGUUUACGGGUGUCUGUAUUAAGGUAUCAUUUACUGGUAAUAAGGCUGAGAUGAGAGACAUGCAACAGUUAUCAGGAGGACAGAAAUCACUAGUAGCUUUAACACUUAUAUUUGCCAUCCAGAAAUGUGACCCCGCCCCCUUCUAUUUGUUUGAUGAAAUUGAUCAAGCUUUAGAUUCAAGUCACAGAAAGGCAGUUGCUGAUAUGAUCCAUGAAUUAUGUCAAGAUGCUCAAUUUAUUACAACCACAUUUAGACCUGAAUUAUUACAACAUGCUGAUAAAUUCUAUGGUGUUAAAUUCCGAAACAAGGUUAGUCAUGUAGAGUGUGUAUCUCGUGAAGAAGCUGAAGACUUUGUUGAAGAUGAUGCGACCCAUGGUUGAUUAUCAACAACCAUUAGUUCUAUAUUUCAUGUUUGUAAAUUUGGUCAUUGUUGUGAAUUCAUUGUCAGUUGUUGCUUUUAACUCAAUUUCAUUUUUAUAUGGCCUCUAUUUAAAGUCUCUGAUUGUCAUUUGUGGGAUUUAUCGUCCCUUGCAAACAAUGUUAUUGUGAAAGUUUUAUCACUACAGGGAAUAUCAGUCCAAAAAUGAUGUAAUUAUGUUCAGUAAUUACAAAGAUAUGCUAAAUUUAAAAUUUGUGCAACUGGCAUCCUCUGCGGACGAUAUGGUCAAAACAAGGCUGUAACACCUGUAAUUUUCGCUAAAAUCUUUUGAAAGGUUGUUUUUAAUUUGAUUGAAUCCAUGCCAGAAGAUUAUCUACUCUUGAUAUUUUAAUUUUGUCUUCUUAAUUGAAAGUUUAAUGAUUAAUUGGAGAAAAUUUUAGCAUGGAUUUUCAUAUUGUCCGCAAAAUGCAAAUGGCGAUUGGUGACUUUAUUUAACCAUUAUUGUUAUCACAUGUUUUAGGUAAUAAACAAAAGAAUCAAAUGUUCAGAUUCUGUUGAAAGGGUGCUAGAGUGUCUCACGUGUCAUUUAUUCUCAGCAAAUCAUCAAAUAUCCUCGAGACAUCAAACCAGAUGGAAAUACUAUAUUGGGUUUAAAAACAGAUCUCGUUAAAAGUAUUGUUGAAGUAGAUGGUCUUUCAGGCUAGAUGUGUUAAAGCUGGAUAUGAAUUCCGAGCCGAACGAAGUUAAGGGAUGGGUUUUGAAAUGUGUUCUCUCAAUGCUUCUGUCCUGUUUUCUUUCCGUAGCAUCUCUCAUUAACCGUUAAAGAUAUAUUUAUGAAACGUACACACAUCUUCCUAUUAUAGUAGUUGUGUCUUUUGCUAAUUAAAUAUUUUGAGAUUGAAUAAUUCUGUGUUUCCGUGGAGACUAGUUUUGGUAGACCCAUGAUAUUUCUGAUUGAGCCUUCUUGUUCUUCUAUUUUUGUUCUUCACCAUUAAUUUCUGAAUUCAGAAUAUAUCCAUUUGAAAUAAAAUUGUAACAUUAAA